UAUUACAAACACUUAGACAGUCGCAGCGAAGGUGAGGAAAAGAAACCCUGAUUUCUUGUCUUUUCCUACUCGAAGAAAAAGAAGAGAGCGAGAGGGAGAAGAGAAAAUGUCUGGGGUGACAGGUCAGCCGCAAGAGGAAGAUAAGAAGCCCAACGAUCAGUCUGCUCACAUCAACCUAAAAGUGAAAGGCCAGGAUGGAAAUGAAGUAUUUUUCAGGAUCAAAAGAAGCACACAAUUGAAGAAGCUGAUGAAUGCCUAUUGUGAUCGCCAGUCUGUUGAGUUCAACUCAAUUGCCUUCUUGUUUGAUGGUCGUCGUCUCCGUGGAGAGCAAACUCCUGAUGAGCUGGACAUGGAAGAUGGGGAUGAGAUCGAUGCUAUGCUGCACCAAACUGGUGGUGCUAUGAAAACAAGUAAUUAAAUGCUGAUGGAAAGAUAACCUAUCUAGUGGAUGUAGGUGGCAAUAGGUUCUUAGGAUUGUUUGUAAUGAACAUCGAUACACUGGUCUUGUUUUGGUAUAAAAGCUCUCACCAAGAGCUUUGACAGUAACUGUGCUAUCUGCUAGGAUUUGGAUUUGCAAUGUUUCAGUUUUCUGGGA